GGCAAUGCGAGCUGAAGAAAAAGGAAACCGUAGGUUAGAAGAAAUUGCCUCUCGCCUGCUUUUUGCUCCCAUGGCUCUGCGUGACGGCCUCCUUCCUUCUUUCCUCCUGCUGGCCGGCCCCGGCUGAGUGGCCUGUGGUGCCUGCUGCCCAGUCCUCCCUUCUUCACAUCCUGGCGGUCCCAGGGCCUGGGCCACACCUGCCAUCCUGGGGGGCCUGGCCCUGCUCCACUCCUUCCUGGUCUGCAUGGGCACGAGCAGCUCCUAGUGCUUCACUUUACCCCCUGCCACGCUUGGUGAUGCCAAGUGCUGGAAAUCCCCACGUUGCCAUGACACCUGGCUACCUAUGACCACAGCCUGCCCCCUGCCCAGCUGCAGCCCCUCCUGUGAUCAGUCUCAGGGUCCUCGCAGUCCCUCACCCCCGUCCCUUGCACCCACGACAUCGGGGAUCCAGUGGACCCAGCCCAUGUUCCCUCUUUCCUCCUCCCCAGGGCGCCUGGUACAUCCAGGGGAAUUCUUGCUGGUGACCAGACUGGUUGUCCAGGAAGCUGCUCUCUGGGCUUUUCAGGGUGACCCAGUAUCUUCCUGAGCAGUGUGCCUGUCACAGCCACCUCCCUCCCUCCCAGCACAAGAACAGGCACAACUGGUGGGGCCCCUGUCUCCGCAGGCCUUGGGGGGGGGGUGGCCUCCACCAGCCUCACUGGCACCUCUGCCCUGUUCCCUGCAGCUGGGCCUUUGCUUCCCCGAGUCUCCUGUGGGUGCUGCAAAGCGGAGGCUCCUGGGAGCUGGUGCCAGGCCUCCUCCUACUCAAGCUCCUUCCUCCCCGAACCCUAGUUGCCUGCCUGGGGCAUCCCCUACACAGUUACAGUGGGAUGUGGGAGGACAGGCAGGCCCAAGGUCACCACUGUCCAGGUGCGCCAACAACUUGACAGGCCAACUACUGGCAUGUCUUGCUCCAGAAUGAGGUUUCCUGACCAGGGAUGGCCUUGCUGCCUCCCCUGCCUCUUACCUUAACUGUGUCCUUCACUCUUGGCCGAACCUGGUGGGCUGGGAAGGCCUUGGAGCCCAAAGGUGAGGGGCUGGGCUUCACCCCUGCUCCCGGGGUCCUGAGGCUUUAGGUGAUAUUGGAACAGCCCCCUCCCCCUGCUCCUUCAGACGGGAGGGAUUGGCUUAGCCGGAACCCACUUGGCUCAAAGGGCCGGGCCUCCUGCCUCCCUGCCAUAACCCGGAAGUCCAUGCUACAGGCUCCUUAGAUAUUGUGGGUCAUUGUACCCCGGAAGCAGAUGCCAUUUCCCCUUUCUGGCCACAUGGUGGGUGAGGAAGAGCCCCUAGUCACGGGGGUGCUACUAAGGCCCCAUCAUUAGAGUGCACCCUUCGCCUUCAUGGCCGAAUAAGGUGUGUGCGGGUGCUGCUUUCCAACUCCAAGGUCACUGUCCCCACAAGAGGCAGUCUGGUCCUCUAUGACAAGGGGGACUGUGCCCUAGACAAGGGGGGUGCUCAUGCCUCUGAGAGGUGCCCCAGCGUGGGGCUGGGCAUCGAACCCAGGUUGGCCAAGCCCAGCUGCUGCGGCCCGGCUGGCUCAGACUUGCAGACACGGCUGGGCGGGAGGCUCGCACUUCCUCCUCAUGCCUGUGACGACACGUCCUCGGCCCGUGGCCGAUGGGCUGGCCGAGAUUCUCCUUGGGGAGCCUGCUUCCCGAUCUGUCAACACGGGUGUGUGUGUGUAUCCGGUGGCUGUGAGCGAGUAAGGGGAUGGCGAGCCGGCCACACAGGUCCUGCGGCCUCCGGCCUCCUCGUUGCCCAACAGGCGGCUGAGGGCGGGCCACGGCUGCUGAUUAAAGGGCACUGAUUAAAGGCCGCCCGGAGCAGCCUGUGUGCAGGAGACAGGUGCCCGGCAGCCCAGGAAGCCACCACAGCGUCCGCCCCAGGUGUCACUGUCCCCGUGCGAACGCCACCAUGUCUGAGGUCCCCCGGGCUGAGACCUUUGUCUUCCUGGACCUGGAAGCCACUGGGCUCCCCAAUGUGGACCCCGAGAUUGCGGAGAUAUCCCUGUUCGCCGUCCACCGCUCCUCUCUGGAGAGCCCAGAGCGCGAUGAGGCUGGCACCCCCGUGCUGCCCCGCAUCCUUGACAAGCUUACCCUGUGCAUGUGCCCGGAGCGCCCCUUCACCUCCAAGGCCAGCGAGAUCACGGGCCUGAGCAGCGAGGGCCUGGCUCAGUGCCGGAAGGCCGGCUUCGACGAGGCCGUGGUGCGGACGCUGCAGGCCUUCCUCAGCCGCCAGGAGGGCCCCAUCUGCCUCGUGGCUCACAACGGCUUUGAUUACGACUUCCCCUUGCUGUGCACGGAGCUGCAGCGCCUAGGUGCCCACCUGCCGCGGGAUACCACCUGCCUGGAUACGCUGCCAGCCCUGCGGGGCCUGGACCGUGCCCACAGCCAUGGCACCCGGGCCCAGGGCUGCAAGGGCUACAGCCUGGGCAGCCUCUUUCGCCGCUACUUCCAGGCAGAGCCCAGCGCGGCCCACUCGGCCGAGGGGGAUGUGCACACGCUGCUCAUGGUCUUUUUGCACCGCGCUGCCGAGCUGCUCACCUGGGCCGACGAGCAGGCCCGCAGCUGGGCUCACAUCCGGCCCAUGUACACGCCGCCCGACAGCCCGAGCCUGGAGGACUGAGUGCCAGGGGCUAGGUAAUGUCACCACCCAGGGGGGCAAGGUCCACUUCCUGUACCACAAGCAGCACCAGCAUUGACCAUCCGGCCCCACUGAGGUCUGGAGCAGGCACUGGACCACUACCUCUCUCCCUGGCCCCAUCCUCAGCCGGGCAUCUUCUUAGCCUGACACUCGUCAGGCCUUCCCUGGGCACUGGCUUACCCAGCCCACAGCCUCACCCCCUGGAGUUUGCCACUUCAGGCUCCCACCCUUCACCCUGCCUUACAAUAAACAUUGCCAACUG